AUGACUAGCUUGUAUCUAGACCCUAUCAGCAUUAAACCUAAUGUUGGUAUGAAUGGAGAUUGCUCCGCUGCGAUAAAUUUUAUUGAAAAUGUUGAAGCUUUUGGAACCAACAAUAAACCUAGAUUUGUUUUGGGGAUUGACCCCAAGACAAAUGUUGUGUCGGAUGUAUCCACAUCCUUGGCCCAACCGAAUAACAAUUCUGAGAACCCCAGAAAUGAUCCUGAUGUGCAUGCUCCUUCUCUAUCUCUCUCUCUCUCUCUCUCUCUCUCUCUCUCUCCUGAGACAUCUCAAGACAAAGAAAAGUCAGAAGAUGUUCUUAAUGAGUUGGGUAACAAAGAUAAAAACCUUGUUGAUCAACCCACUGACAUUUUUAAUAUUGAGGAAUUGGACUCUGAUGAUGUUCCUAUCGGGAAAAGAUUGGCUCCAGGCAUAACUAAAUGGUUGAAGAAAAUGAAGGGUCAAGUUGUUGGGUCCUUCAGCACUCCCUCCAAAUCUGUCAAGAAGAAGGCUAAUGACAUCAUCUCCACUUCCAGAAAUCAAGCUUUUUGGAAGAAGAUUCCAGCCAACAUUCCUGAAGUUCCACCUGACAACAUCUAUUUUCACUCUGUUGAAAAUGUUGAAAAAUGGAAAUAUGUUUAUCAAAGAAGGUUAGCAUUGGAAAGGGAAUUGGGGAAGGAUGUGUUUGAAGGUAAAAAGGUGCUAAGUCUGAUUCAAGAAGCAUGUCUAAUGAAAACUGUAAUAGGUUUUGGGAAGUUCUAUGAAAUGUUGGUCAAAGAGUUUAUUGUUAACAUCUCCAAAGAGUGUGACAACAAAAAGAGCAAAGAAUUCAUAAAAGUGUAUGUCAGAGGUAUAUGUGUGGACUUUUCUCCUGAAAUAAUCAAUAGGUUCUUGGGAAGAAAUGAAGAAGAACAAGCUGAAAUUGAAGUUUCAGACAUUGUCAUCUGCAAAAAGAUCACAACUAAGCAAGUAAAAGAAUGGUCAAGGAAAGGAAAAUUGUCUGCUAGUGCCUUGAGUGUCAAGUAUGUUAUUCUCCAUAGAAUUGGAGUUGCUAAUUGGAUGCCUACCAAUCAUACCACCAAUAUAGAUACUGGGCUAGGUAAGUUCAUCUACAUUGUUGGGACCAAGUCAAAUUUUGAUUUUGGGGCUUAUAUUUUUGAUCAGACUAUGAAACAUGUUGCAUCUUAUGCUGUAAAAAUGCCAAUAGAUUUUCCCUAUUUGAUUUAUGGAGUUAUCCCGAGUCAACACCCCCAACAUAUUGAUCAAUUCUGA